AUGGCGGAUGCAAACAUCGACUUCCAACUGUACAGAUACACCCCAUCGCAGGCCGCAGCAGGGCUCUUCGUGGCCUUGUUUUCCAUCACAACACUAUACCAUGCCUAUCAGAUAGGAAAGGCACGAGCAUGGUACUUCACAGCGUUUGCUGUGGGCGGAAUCUUCCAGAUCAUCGGCUACAUCUGCCGCAUAAUCGCACACAAUGACAAGGAGUCCAUCCCGGUAUACAGCAUUCAGGCAAUCCUCAUCCUCCUUGCGCCGCCGCUCUACGCCGCGUCGAUUUACAUGGUGCUCGGCCGCCUGAUCACAUUUUUGGGGGCGGAGCACCUGAGCGUGGUUUCGGUACGGUGGAUGACCAAGAUAUUCGUGGUCGGGGAUGUCGUUGCCUUUCUCUGCCAGGCUGCAGGCGGCGGCGUCAUGUCCAGCGGGACAAUCGAGAACUACGAGCUCGGCGAAGACAUUACAGUUGGUGGCCUUGCCGUCCAGCUGACCUUUUUCAGCAUCUUCGUGGUAACGUGUGGGAUCUUCCACCGACGUAUUCGCAGCAAUCCAACUGAGCAGGCGAGUGCGCUUGCGGCUCGUCUUCGCUCAAAGACAGCGCGGACAUGGGAGACCGUGCUGUAUGGACUGUACAUUGCGAGUGCUCUAAUCUUGGUUCGCUCGAUAUUCCGCCUUGUUGAAUAUGUGCAGGGAAACGCGGGUUAUCUGAUCAGCCACGAGGUGUUUAUGUAUGUCUUUGACGGGGCGUUGAUGUGGCUGACGAUGGUGGUGAUGAAUUUUGCCCAUCCGUCGAUGAUUCUGGUUGGGUCGCAGAAGGACAGGAAUGCAGAGAUGCAGCAGGUCAAUUCAGAGGAAGGGCUGGGAUGA